UAUGAAUAGUAAUAUUAAUACUAUUUGAACACACUAAGUUUGAGGAGCAAAUGAUUCAAUCCUCAUAUGAUUCCCAUAGGGGGGGCGUCAACAGAGGUUGACUCAUCCACUGAUGUGUAAUUAUCGAUUGAGAAACAAGUGGAAAAUGCUAGGGACGAAUAUAUGACACAUUUGAUAUGUCUGCGCGUUACAAACCUGGGGUUGCUUCCCCGAUACAAGAGCCAUCAUGACCUUCUCACCCGGGGUCUCAGGAUUCUCAAACGAACACUAAGUUUCAGGAGAUGAUGCUCAAGGUGCACAUGGUGCUACAGGAGAAUGUUGUGCUCCGACAGAAGCUGAACCAGCAAGAGACCCAAACAGCAGAGCAUCACCAGUGGACAACUUCACCGUAUGCAGCCUUUGUUGUGGAGGUUGCAGAGUUGAGGGCUUAACAAGAUGGUGGUGCUCAUGCUGCUGCUCCUCAAUUUCCUACUUACGAAGAGGAGGAGGAGGUAAUUAUCAUUAGUUAAAAAUAACAAGUUUAUCUAUGGUCUAAGCCAUCGGUAAUAUGGUGGUCAAAGCCGUCGGUAUUGUAUCGACGAUUUUGGUUGUAGGAAGUGUAUCGAAGGGCACAACUGUUGGUAACUUUUGGAAGCUUUCGGUAAGUUACAUAUGCCUUUCUAAAAAACCGUCAGUAAAAAGUUAUCGGUGAGCUCUAUACCUACAGAAACAGAGUGGUCGAUAGACCAUCGGAAAUAUUCAAUUACUGACAGGUUUUUCCCUUACCAAUGGCUUAUGGUUGUCGGUAAUCAACAAUUUUCUUGUAGUGUCUUGGUUCCUUGAGAUUUUUUUUGGGGCUGGACAUUUCUUGAUCUAAGACAGAUCAUUCUUAAUAAGAGGAAGUAUACACUUGAACUCCUUAAAGAUUCAAGCCAGUUUCCACACCUUGUACUUCAUAUGCUAGAUUGCAUACUAAUCAAGGAAAGCCUUAUUGUCCAUCUGCUUAUCGAAGAUUAGUUGGAAGGUUUCUCUAUUACACAACUAACUACACGGCCUGACAUUUGUUAUGUUGCCAGCAGGUAAGUCAAUUUGUUCAUGAUCCUAGAGAAGCACAUUUUGAUGUUGCCAUAAGAGUUCUCCUACAAAGGGCAUUUUCUUCUCAACCUCCAGGAUCUCCACAUUUUAGCUUCUUUGUACUGAUUCUUGCAGAUCAUAUCUAAUCAGCUUGCAUUAUUUAUUAAUUAAGAUAAAGAUGGCACCAAACACAAACCAGACACAAAACGGUUCCUUCAUCUGCACUGCUGCUAAUGGUACUGCUACUGCUACUGAUCCCUUAAGUUGGGGUGUGGCAGCGGAGUCAAUGAAGGGGAGCCACCUGAACGAGGUGAAGCGCAUGGUGGCGGAGUACCGGAAGCCGGUGGUCAAGCUUGGCGGAGAGACUCUGACAAUAGCUCAGGUAGCUGCCAUCGCCGCAAACGAACAAGGCGUGAGCGUUGAGCUGUGUGAAUCAGCUAGAGCUGGAGUUAAGGCGAGCAGUGACUGGGUGAUGAACAGCAUGAACAACGGCACUGACAGUUACGGUGUCACCACCGGCUUCGGCGCCACCUCCCACCGCAGAACCAAAAAUGGCAAUGCUUUGCAGCUAGAACUCAUCAGGUUUUUGAAUGCUGGAAUAUUUGGCAAUGGUACUGAGUCAACUCACACCCUGCCACAGCCUGCAACUAGAGCAGCCAUGCUAGUGAGGAUCAACACUCUUCUCCAAGGAUACUCAGGCAUUAGAUUUGAAAUCCUUGAAGCAAUCACCAAGCUCAUCAACAACAACAUCACCCCAUGUUUACCACUUCGCGGUACCGUCACGGCCUCUGGUGAUUUAGUCCCUCUUUCUUACAUUGCCGGCUUGCUUACCGGCCGACCGAACUCCAAAGCUGUUGGACCAUCCGGCGAGGUUCUUAAUGCUAAGAAUGCUUUCCAAUUGGCUGGCAUAGACUCUGGUUUCUUUGAAUUGCAGCCUAAGGAAGGGCUUGCCCUUGUUAAUGGUACUGCUGUUGGUUCUGGGUUAGCUUCGAUUGUUCUAUUUGAUGCGAACGUAUUGGCUAUACUGGCUGAAGUUCUAUCAGCUAUUUUCGCCGAAGUGAUGCAAGGGAAACCUGAAUUCACUGACCACUUGACUCAUAAGCUGAAGCAUCACCCUGGACAAAUUGAGGCUGCUGCUAUCAUGGAGCACAUUUUGGAUGGGAGUUCCUACAUGAAAGCAGCAAAGAAGUUGCACGAGGUGGAUCCUUUGCAAAAGCCAAAACAAGAUCGAUAUGCACUUAGAACUUCACCUCAGUGGCUUGGUCCUCUGAUUGAAGUGAUUCGGUUCUCAACAAAGUCGAUCGAGAGAGAGAUUAAUUCUGUGAACGACAACCCUUUGAUUGAUGUUUCCAGAAACAAAGCCUUGCAUGGUGGUAAUUUCCAAGGAACCCCAAUCGGAGUUUCUAUGGACAACACACGCCUGGCUCUUGCAGCGAUUGGCAAACUCAUGUUUGCUCAAUUCACUGAGCUUGUGGAUGAUCAUUACAACAACGGGUUGCCUUCAAAUCUCACAGCAAGUAGAAAUCCCAGCUUGGAUUAUGGUCUAAAGGGAGCUGAAAUUGCCAUGGCUUCUUAUUGCUCCGAGCUCCAAUAUCUUGCGAAUCCAGUCACAACUCAUGUCCAAAGUGCUGAGCAACAUAACCAAGAUGUGAAUUCCUUGGGUUUGAUUUCUUCUAGAAAAACAAAUGAAGCCAUUGAAAUCCUUAAGCUCAUGUCUUCCACAUUCUUGAUCGCACUUUGCCAAGCAAUUGACUUAAGGCAUUUAGAGGAGAACUUGAAGUACUCGGUGAAGAGCACUGUAAGUCAAGUUGUGAAGAGGACUCUUACCACAGGUGUCAACGGAGAACUCCAUCCUUCUAGAUUUUGUGAAAAAGAUUUGCUGAAGGUGGUCGAUAGGGAAACUCUAUUUUCCUAUAUUGAUGAUCCUUGCAGCGCUACAUACCCGUUGAUGCAAAAACUAAGGCAAGUGCUUGUCGAUCACGCACUAGUAAACGGAGAAAACGAGAAGGACUCGAAGACAUCAAUCUUUCAAAAGAUUGCAACUUUUGAGGAUGAGUUGAAGAGUCUCUUGCCAAAGGAGGUUGAAAGUGCAAGGGCUGCAUAUGAGAGUGGAAAUCCAACAAUUCCAAACAAGAUCAAUGAAUGCAGAUCUUACCCGCUAUACAAGUUUGUGAGAGAGGAGUUGGGAACCGAGUUGCUAACCGGUGAAAAGACCAGAUCACCAGGCGAGGAGUGUGACAAGUUGUUCACAGCAAUAUGCCAGGGUAAAAUUAUUGAUCCUCUUUUGGAAUGCCUUGGGGAGUGGAACGGUGCCCCUCUUCCAAUUUGUUAACUUACAAGUUAUGUUUAGGAAAUGCAUUCUUUGUAUUUAAGCAAAUGCAAUGUUAGUCAUUUGAUUUAUCAAGCCUUGGGCAAAAUAAUAUGGAAAUCUUCAUCUUA